CUUUUUUACCGAAUGAUCAUGCGGCGCAAAAAUGGCCUGGUCCUAUGCCGCAUGUCAACAAAUAAGAAAAACUUUAAGGCAUUGAUUAGUGCAUAUCAUAGAUCUAAAUCUUUGUAUUCAUAUAGGAUUGAACUACUUUCAAGUUUAUUAGAUUUGGACUUUUUUUUCAUAUAUACUACUACUCAUUCACGAGUCUUUUACUUCAUUGUUGUGAACAUGUGGGCAUAAUUAAGGUACCCUUAUCAGCAAGCAGCCGUAGCGGUGGGGAAAUAGUAUCAGUAUGGAACCGAUGGCCGCAGUUUCCUGCGAGGGUGGUCGGUUACUACCUUCGGUCAACUCAUGCUGCCGUUCCAUUCCUCGCAGAAAACGUGGUACUUGACUCAUGAUAACAAAUACUUUAAUCAUUAUGAGGAGCGGGCGGAGGAGGCGAACGGAGCAAUGGAUGUACCGAAACCACAAAAAAAAGGAAAAAAAAGAACUAGCGUACAAAAUGGGCCCCACCUCAAUCGCCGGACGCGUCUCACCUUCUAGCCCUCACAUCUUCCUUUCCCUUCCUGUCCCUCCCAGAGUCCCAGUUCUCUCUAUUCCGUGUUUCCAUGCCGAUCGCCACUCCGAUCUCCGACGAUUCUUCUCUUCCUGCAAUCUCUCAUUUGAUUUGAAAGAGGGGAAAAUGCUGUGCUCGAGAUCGAGCUCCAACUGGCUCGAUCGCCUCCACACCUCCAAAGGCUUCUGCAUCCCCGCGGCCGACCACGAUCUCGAUCACUUCCUCUCUUCCAUCCCUAACCCUAACCCUAAUACUAAUCCCAAAUCAUGCUCACCUCCUCGUCCCGAGACUUGGACAUCCGAUGCGCCCCUCUCGCAGCCCCCGGCCGAGAAACCCGCCGCCCCUCGCCGGCGGCGGAAGCAGCAGCAGCAGCAGCAGCCGCAAUACGCCGCGGGGAACAAGACCUUUGCUGGCGAGAAGGAGCAGCUCUUCGAUCUGAUGAGCUCCGCCCUGGCGGAGCUCUUCAUCAUGGGGGACCGCUCGGCCACUGGCAUCCUAAGGGCGAGCAAGAAGAGCGCCCGGAAGCAGGCCAACCCCAAGGCCUGCGUCCCGUCCGCCUCGGCGAGCAUCGACGGCAGCUUCUUAGCCGGAGCAGCGGCGGCUUGCCACGUUCCGCCGGUGACCUCCCCGUCCAGCGCUGACAACAGCGUGGCGGAGGCCAAGAAUAGCCGGACGAAGGCGAGGGGGAAGCGGGGGACGACGGGGAGUCCUGUGGAGUCGGAUUUGUCGACGUACUCGAAGACUGAUGCGACGGUGAUCGACACGAGCUCCCCGGGUUGGAAGUCGGAGAAGCUCAUCUUUAGGAAGGGGAUGGUGUGGAAAGUCCGCGACAAGAACCUGUGGAAUGUGUGCAGGAAGAAAAGGAAGCUGGGUCUGGUGGAGAGAUUGAUCGACGAAAAGUAGAAGGAGCAGCCGUUCAUCGACAUGAAAGAGCCGGCACCGAAAGAGCAUUCAGGAUCAGUGGAUGAAGGUGGAGCUCAUGCUGAAAAUAGACAUGCUUCCAGAAAGACGGAUGAUCAAAAUCAAAUCCCUAAAAGAAGGCCAAGAUCUUCAAGAUCACCGCAUGUUCCAGCAGCCAAAAAUUCUUCUGUUUUCCAUCUUACUACAAGCAGGAAAAAUGGCUUGGCAUGUCCCAGAGGUACUCCAAAAGGAUGAUUGCACUGGGGAAGUAUUUUUGGAAGAUCGCCAUGGGGAGGAUUUUGGAGAGCAAUUUCUUUGUCUUCUGCAUCUUGAAGAAAUGCAGACUACUUUCUGCACGAUAAGAUAUAACUGGAGGUGGUUCAUGAAUCAAUGGUUGCAUUAGCUUGUAGUGGGGCUUUGAGUAAAUUCAUUUCACAAAAAAAAUGUCCAAAGCCUCAAAGCUAAGAUGUAUGCCUGUUCUGGAUCAAAUUCAUCUAUUUAAGACCCAUUUCUUUUUCAAGUCAUUUUCAGUUUUCGCUUAA